GUAGGGUAUAUAAGAGGCAUAAUAAUCUAAACAAACUCAUUAGCUUCUUUUUUGGAUUCCAAGUUCCUGCUCCUAUGUACAAGCACAACGCUUUAGCACGUUCGCAUGUGGUUUCAGGAUCCUUACGGAAUGUCAUCCACAUGGCAAGAUACCGAAAUUCAGUUAAGAAUCCUCAUUGUUCUGCUGUCAAACGGAGGAUCAUGAUGCCAUCAACAUUGUGCACCUUAAACACUCAGAUCACUUGCUUACACUUUCAUGUUUGUUCAUCAGGAUGAGGCAGAGAUCCCGGAGGUGAUGGAAGAAGAGGAACCACAUGCAGAUCCAGACGCCGGCGCAGCACCAGUUGUUGUGCAGGUUCAGACAACCAUGUUGAUGCUGCCCUCACCGUCACCACUGCAGCCAACUCAGGGCCAAGAAGAGGCUUCUGUCCUCCAUGACAGCACCGUGAGCACUGAACCAGGGAGCAGAUCUUCAGAACCAGCAUUGGCCGCCGAACAGGCGGCGCCCAUGGCCAUGGACAUCGAGGAGGAUAGCUGGCAAUCCCAGCCACAGCGGCAGCCGCAGCCAGGCCAGCAUCCUCACUUUUGGUCAGGUUUCUUCUGAUGGCUAGAGCUCCUGAAGUGUCAUGCCACUGUUUCCAUUCACCCUUUGUUUGUCACCUGCUAGUGUGUACAUGUUGGAAUGAAUGUGCCGUUGCUAUAAUGUGUAGCUUCCUGCAAUUGGUGCUGUUGCUUUCUUCAGACAUGUAGCUUCUCUGUCGAGGUAUACUGAUGUAGUAAGCAUAUGAUGGUUUGAAUAGUUUUAGCUGAAUCAGGACCUUCUAAAGUUAUUGUGUAGAUUGUAGUACAUGAUUUUGCAUGGAAACAUCAGAGCAGAAUUUUGUUCAGCAAACGUUGUUUUGUUUCUGCGUGCACUUCCGGUUUCGUUUGGCGACCUCAGGAUCCUAGAGAUCGUUGAUUGCAAACGUACAUAUCGACAGUGGA